CUGCCUCCUCUCGUGUUGAUGUCGACUGAAAGCCACCGAGUCUCACGGUGAACGCACGGGGAUCGUAGGAAGAAAAAACACACGCGCACUCGACGCGGCGGCACUUCGGGCUAUCGGAAAGUAGUGACCUCUCCUGUCCGAGCGAGCAGCGGGUCGGCGAGAGACGAUGAGCGAGCCGCGGCCGGACGAGUUCAAGCCUCCUCCGGAGUGCCCGGUCUUCGAGCCGAGCUGGGAGGAAUUUCAAGAUCCCUACAGCUUCAUCAACAAGAUCCGUCCCAUCGCCGAGAAAACUGGCAUCUGCAAAGUCCGCCCGCCACCGGGCUGGCAGCCUCCAUUUGCUUGUGAUGUGGACAGACUUCACUUUGUUCCCCGGAUCCAGAGGCUCAACGAGCUGGAGGCACAGACCAGAGUGAAGCUCAACUUCUUGGACCAGAUUGCCAAAUUUUGGGACUUGCAGGGAUGUACCCUCAAGAUUCCUCAUGUGGAGAGAAAGAUUUUGGAUCUUUACACGCUAAAUAAGCUGGUGGCAGAUGAAGGUGGAUUUGACAUUGUCUGUCGGGACAGGCGAUGGACCAGGAUUGCACUACAUAUGGGCUUCGCUCCUGGCAAAGCUGUCGGCUCGCACCUGCGAGGGCAUUAUGAGAGAAUCCUCUAUCCCUACAAUCUGUUUCAGAGUGGAGCAAACCUGUUGGCCCCAGAUCCAGCUUCCAAACUGAUGCAAUUGGAGGCUGAUCCCGAACUUGAAAAGUGUGUUCAGAAGCCAAAUCAGCCGGCUGACAGCACAGAAAGCAUGGACAGCAAUGACACCAAGGAUCAUAAGCUGCAGGAGCAGGCUCAGAGGCAGCCCGCCCCGACGGCUGACCCUAGCCCUGGUGCCCGCAGAGCCAAACGCAUGAAGUGUGAGGCUGUCUGUGUGAAGACUGAACCAGGUGAAGCUGGUGAGAACAAGCCAAACCUGAGGCGGAGGAUGGGUUCUUUUGUUGCCAAGCCAGAACCAGAAAAAGAGAUUCCCAUUCCAGUCAAACAGGAGCCAGUUGAAAGUAGAGAAAUUAUCGCUGACAGCGAAAAAUUUAAGUCACGCUACAAGAAAACCAUCCCUCCACUACCCCCGAGUCCAGUGGAUCUGGUGGUGUGUCUGGUCUGUGGCAGUGGGGGAGAUGAAGACCGCCUGUUGCUGUGUGACGGCUGUGACGACAGCUAUCACACUUUCUGCCUGAUCCCUGCUCUAAACGAUGUCCCCAAAGGAGACUGGAGAUGUCCCAAGUGUCUGGCUCAGGAAUGUAGCAAACCUCAUGAGGGCUUUGGAUUCGAACAAGCAGCCAGAGACUACACCUUGCGAGCAUUUGGGCAAAUGGCUGAUGCCUUCAAAUCUGAUUACUUCAACAUGCCAGUUCAUAUGGUACCCACAGAACUGGUGGAGAAGGAGUUCUGGCGUUUGGUUGGCGCUAUUGAUGAGGAUGUCACAGUAGAAUAUGGAGCUGAUAUUGCCUCCAAGGAGUUUGGAAGUGGAUUUCCCAUUCCAAAUGGAAAAUUUAAGGUUUCUCCAGCUGAUGAGAAAUAUCUUAAAUGUGGUUGGAAUCUCAACAACCUGGCAAUGAUGAAGCCUUCGGUACUGACACAUGUGACUGCUGACAUCUGUGGGAUGACGCUGCCGUGGCUUUAUGUUGGCAUGUGCUUCUCCUCAUUUUGCUGGCACAUUGAGGAUCAUUGGAGCUACUCCAUCAACUACCUGCACUGGGGAGAGCCCAAAACCUGGUAUGGAGCUCCUGGGUUUGCUGCAGAGCAGCUGGAAGAAGUGAUGAAGAAAUUGGCCCCAGAGCUGUUUGAGUCUCAGCCUGACCUUUUACACCAGCUUGUCACCAUCAUGAACCCCAACACCUUAAUGGCCCAUGGAGUCCCAAUUUACAGGACAAACCAAUGUGCCGGUGAGUUUGUCAUAACCUUUCCUAGAGCAUACCACAGUGGCUUCAAUCAGGGCUUCAACUUUGCUGAGGCAGUAAACUUCUGCACUGUGGACUGGAUGCCACUAGGCCGGCAGUGUGUUGACCACUAUCGUAUGCUGCACCGGUACAAUGUCUUCUCCCAUGACGAGAUGGUGUGCAACAUGGCCUCCAAAGCAGACACACUUAAUGUCGUCCUAGCCUCAGCUGUUAACAAAGACAUGCUUGUCAUGAUCCGGGAAGAGCAGGAACUAAGAGAGAAAGUGAAGAAGAUGGGUGUGGUGCAUUGCAAGGAGGCCAAAUACGACCACCUCCAGGACGAUGAGCGGCAGUGUGCUACAUGCCGGACCACCUGCUACCUGUCAGCCAUCACCUGUCCCUGUAGCCCAGGAACGCUGGUUUGUCUGCACCACAUCAGUGAUCUGUGCUCCUGCCCCCUCAUCAACUACACACUGAAUUAUAGAUACACACUGGAAGACCUAUACCCUAUGAUGAAUGCUGUGAAGCAGCGAGCUGAGCUGUAUGAUGACUGGGCCUCUAGUGUGACAGAGACUCUAGAGGCUAAACUGGAAAAGAAAAAGGGCCUACCAGUCUUUCGCACCCUUCUGGCUGACUCAGAGACCAAGCUGUUCCCCGACAAUGACCUGCUGCGACGCCUACGUUUGGUCACACAGGAUGCGGAGAAGUGCUCGUCAGUGGCCCAGCAGCUGUUGAAUGGCAAGAGGCAGACCAGGUUUCGGUGUGGGAGCGAGAAGUCACGGAGCCAGUUGACUGUGGAGGAGCUCAGAUCAUUCGUCAGGCAGCUGUACAACCUUUCCUGUAGUCUCCCUCAGGCUCCUUUGUUGAAGGAACUCUUGAAUCGCAUUGAAGACUUCCAGCAACACAGUGACAAGGUCUUGGCAGAUAAAGUUCCCAGCGUCAUGGAGAUUGAAAGUCUAUUGGAUGUCAGCUUCGACUUUGACGUGGAGCUGCCUGAGCUGCCUCGUCUCAGAGUGAGGCUGGAACAGGCCCGCUGGCUGGAGGCUGUGCAGCAGGCCAGCGCUCAGCCGGCCACCCUGAGUCUGGAGACAAUGAGGAGGCUCAUCGACCAGGGAGUCGGGCUGUCACCUCAUCCGUCGGUGGAAAAGGCUAUGGCACACCUCCAGGAGAUGCUCACCGUCUCUGAGCACUGGGAGGACAAAGCGUCUAGUCUUCUUAAAGCCAGACCACCACACUCCAUAGAGGCUCUUUGUGCUGUUGCUGAGAAGGCGUCUGGCAUCCCCACGUACCUCCCAAACUGCCUGCUCCUAAAAGACACCAUCAGAAAGGCCAGAGAGUGGCUUCAGGAAGCAGAGGAACUCCAGGCCAGUGGCUGCGUGCCCAUGGUGGACAGCCUCUCUGACAUGGUGCUACGAGGCCAGGCCAUUCAAGUGCAUCUGGAGCCUUUAGACAAACUGGAGUCCUUAAUGGUACAAGCGCAACAGUGGAAAGAAUCUGCAGCUGCAACCUUCCUUCAGAAAGACUCAACCCUAACUUUACUGGAGGUCCUGUGUCCAAGAUGUGAAGUUGGAAAUGUUGGGUCUCCAAAGAGAAAAGCCAAGAAAUGGAAAGAGUCCGCUAAAAGUAACAAGAAGAAAACAACCCUCAACACACUCAGUGAUGUGGAAAAAGCACUUUCUGAGACCAAGGAUUCUACCUCUGCAAUGGCAACUCUGGAGGAGCUGCGGAUGAGGGAGAUGGAGGCUUUCUCUAAUCUCAGGGCAGCAAACGAGUCAAAGCUCCUUCCCACAGCAGACUGCAUGGACCUAAAAGUGUGUGUCUGUCAGAAGCCGCCCAUGGGGGCCAUGCUGCAGUGUGAACUCUGCAGAGAUGCCUUCCACAGUGUGUGCGUUAAGGACCUCUCGGACUCCUGCGAAACGCGGCCGUGGCUCUGUCCGCAGUGUAACCGGUCAGAAAAACCCCCCUUGAACAAAGCUCUUUCUCUGCUAACGUCCCUCCAACACAUAGGCGUGCGCCUACCGGAGGGCGACGCUCUGCACUAUCUGGUUGAGAGGACAAUUAACUGGCAGCAGCAGGCUCAGCAGGUUUCACAAUCCUGUAACCUCCCAGAACUGGAAGAGAGACCGAGAACGCCUCCCAUCCUCACCUGCUGUGUAUCAAGCAGUCACGACCCUCACAACCACACUCAGGCUCCUUGUUUGACUUCAGAGUGGAACAGUAACGGCCACACUCAGACUGUGUUCUACACAGAGCGGAGAUGCAUCCCGCUGCAGGGCCUAAGUCUGGAGUUGGAAGAAUUGAUAGUGGAAGGGCUUUUGCUGCAGGUGUCACUGCCAGACGUCCAGAACCUGUACAUUAGUUUACUGGACAGAACCAGCAGCUGGAACGCAAACACAGACUGUGACAAACAAAUGCAAUUUACUCAGGGAAACAGUCUGCCAGCGGAUCAGGAUAGCGUCACCACCUCUGAAAAAAAAUCUAAACGGCACAUGGAGACAGAAGGUUUAGAUGCGGAGUGCAGGGUGAAAAACAGAAAACACUCCCACAAAAGGCAGAAGAUGAAUAAAAAGAAUGUGCAACGCAGGCCGACAUCAACAUCACCCUCUCCACGCUCCGACUUCUCCCAGUCGGAUGAGUCUGACGAGGAAAUGGCCGUGUGUCCAGCAGAGCGGUGUCAACAGCCAGAAGGAGACGAGGUGGACUGGGUCCAGUGUGACGGCAGCUGUAACCAGUGGUUUCACCAAGUCUGCGUUGGCGUCACGCCUGAGAUGGCAGAGAAGGAGGACUACAUUUGUAUCAGGUGUACGCUCAAUGACGAACACAUGAGGAAAUGAAUAAAGCGGAGGAUUUUUUUGAAGGAUGGCUGAGGAGACCUACCCGUCGUUAGCCCGUUAUUGGAGCCAGCAGUCUGGAUGUGUCACUGACCUUUCUACCCCUCACACCUCCCUCCUGUCUGUCCGACCCUUUUGUAACAACGGUGCUAUCUCCUCUUUGAAUUGUUGUCCAGAACUAUAAUGUUUAGUUUUUGUUUGGGUUUUUUUGUAUUUUUACAUAUUAUAUAUAUGUAUAUUAUACAUAUAUAUAUAUUUCUUUCGUUCUUAUGAGAUGUUGUGGUUGUCUAAAUGGAAAAAAAAUCACAGGAUGUAAGUUGUGCUGCAUGGGAUUCUAUUACAUCGGUGCAAAGAAGUCUUAUCACAUGACAUGAGACUAAGAGGGUUAUUCACGGGUUAUUAUUCUCUUCUCUGGAACCUCUUUGCAUGUUAUACCAGAGCUAAGGGGACAAAUGUCAAGAUUUAAUCAUUACCCCCCUCCCAAUUUUUUUUCUUUGCAAUCCGGCUUUUAGCACAUGCAUCUAAAUAUAACAGUUCCCUUUUUUGUAGAAUAGGUUUAUUUAUCUGAGCAAUAAUUUUGUCUGAAUUGACUUAAAUGGUUUGGUUUUUGCGGAGUUGUGCUAAUGCGUAGACAUGGUGUGAUGUACAGAAAGCUAAACAGAUGAGUUGCAGCUGUGGACUAGAAAUGUAGCAGACAUGUACAUCCACAGCGCGUAAUCAGGUACAGGAUGAUGUUGGAAGUCCGUAGGUUGCUGAAGAUGUUACAGGUUUAUAUUGUGGAAUAAACCCCAUUUGUUCUA